CCACGUCAAUCUCACACGCUCAAAACCGUCAAACUCCCUGUAAUGUCAGCAAUCGGCUCUCUCGUCUUCUGCGGUGACUGCGGAAACCUGCUCGAUGGCAGCGCAGGCAAGCUGAACGCCAUUUUGACCUGCAGCAUUUGCGGCGCAUCCUGCAAAGAUACUUCCUCCAAGACAGUCAUUACACACUCCAAGCCCACAGCCUUCCCCUCGGCUCUGCGCGCAAAGCGGUCUGAAGUCCAGACUAUCUCCGAGGGUGAUGUAAACACAACCAGUGUCAUCGCCCACCCCUGCGAGAAGUGCGGCAAAGAGGAGGUGCGCUACUAUACUCAGCAACUGCGUGGUGCAGACGAAGGGACCACCGUUUUCUACGAGUGCGAUUGUGGCCACAAAUGGAACAAUAACAACUGA